CGAAAACCAAAUUUUCAAAUUCAAUACCUUGUGAGUUGUGAUGUCGCAUCGUAUAGUACAGCGGACGCCUCGAGAACCUUCUCAAGCCGUCGGAACUGUAACUCAGUAUUAUCCUGGCGCCGAUGAGUCUCCGAUCAGUUCAAUCCCGCAGUAAAAGGAAGUCGAUUGGAGUAUACGAUUUCACCGAAGAGGAAGAACGUGUUGAAGAGAUGUCGAAGAAACUCCUUCGGAAAUACGAUUCCCCUGUCACUACUAAAACCUCCUCCGCCGUCGAUAAGUAUGACUUCCUUCGAUGCUUUGCGAAGAACACCCAAAUCGAGAGUAAAGAAAUGGACUGCGUAGUUAUUGAUGUUGAAGUACCAGCAAAAGAAGAACAUUCAAGGUGUGAACUCAGCGGAGAUGCAACUGGUGAUCUGAUUGAUUUAAUCUCCAAUGGUUCCCAUGGAAGGAUUGGAAUUGAUUCAUCAACUUCAUCAUCUCUCUCAGAAAAUGAUGAAGCCUCAACUGAAGAAGCCACAAAUCCUGCUUCUGAUCCGCUUGAAGUUGAUCUCGAGAUUGCACAAGUUCUUAUUAACCCUGAUGUUAUUAUAUAUGGAGAUAUAUACUGUACAAACUCGAAGUUAACAUUUUCACGUAGCUGUAUGAAUGUUGAAAGUUCAUCAGUAAAUGCCACUAAAGGGACCUUUAGUUGUCAGUGGAGAAUAGAAGAUAUCAUCAAAAUUGAGUCUCAGUGGUGUUUGGAGGUUGAGACUGCUUUUGUCAACGUCCUUCUGAAGUCCAGGGAGCCAGAAGCAGUUUACUCUGCGGAAGAGAUUUCAGGAAUUGAUCUCCUAAAAUUUUCCGUUUAUGACCCUAAAUGGUAUGAAGAAGUAGAAACCAUCAAAUCCUUGGACUCGAGAUACAAGGAUAUUUGGUUUGACACCAUAACGGAAAGCGAGGAAAGCGCUUGUACUGGACAUAAUUUGGGAACUUCACUCACUAAUCUCGCUGAUUCAUUUGAAGAUCUAAUCUACCCUCAAGGAGAGCCAGAUUCUGUAGUAGUUAGGAAGCAAGACAUUGAGCUUCUGAAGCCAAGACGUUUCAUCAACGAUACAAUCAUUGAUUUUUAUAUCAAGUACCUUAAGAAUCGAAUUCCGCCGCAGGAACGAGGCAGAUUCCACUUCUUCAACUGUUUCUUUUUCCGUAAGCUGGCUAAUUUAGACAAAGGUUCACCUAGCACGUUUGGAGGAAGGGAAGCAUACCAACGUGUUCAGAAGUGGACUAAGAAUGUGGAUAUUUUUGAAAAAGAUUAUAUAUUUAUUCCUAUAAACUUCAGUUUUCACUGGAGUCUGAUUAUUAUCUGUCAUCCCGGUGAAUUGGUUCCUUCUCAUGUCGAAAACCCACAAAGGGUUCCCUGUAUCUUGCAUCUAGACUCAAUUAAAGGAAGCCACAAAGGUGGUCUCAUAAAUAUUUUUCCGAGUUACCUACGUGAAGAGUGGAAAGCGAGGCAUGGAAACACAACUAUUAUGGUUCAGAUAUGCAGUCCAUCUCACUUGAGCUCCCUCAGCAAGAGAAUUCGUUUGACUGUGGCCUCUUUUUGCUCCACUAUUUGGACCUUUUUGUGGCUCAAGCUCCUGCUAAGUUCAAUCCAUCCCUUAUCACAAGAUCAGCAAAAUUUCUAACUAGGAAUUGGUUUCCUGCGAAGGAAGCUUCACUUAAGCGUAGAUACAUCUUAGAAUUGCUUUACAAUCUCCACAAAGGUCAUGAUCCAAGUAUUCUUCCAGCUAGUUCCAAAAGUGAACCGCCUCAUUAUGGAGUUUCCAACAAGAAUGAUCAAGCAAAUGAAAGCAAAAAUGUGAUUGAGAGCUGUAACUGGAGGAAACCGUUUGAUGAUUCAUCAUCAAGCGUUACAGACAUUCCCCAAACAAAGACUUGCUCGCCAGUUCUGAUUCUUAGCAAAGAAACUUUUUGCACAGGAGGUUAUGACCCUCAGUCUUCUAAGCUCCGAAAGGUCUUUAUGUCGCCUAUAGUGGUAAAAUUGCCUUUUCUAUAUCUUCAGUUUAGAUUCCACUGCUA